GUUGGGGGGUAGGGGAGUGAGAAUCGUGCGCCGGCCGAGAAAACAACAUUACAGAGCAGGAGCAGGCGCUGCUUGGGCUCCCAAAGAGAGACGGCCAGGAACCGCCGCCCGUGGGGCUCUGGGCUGACCCCCCCACCUCCUCCAUCCCCAGCAACGGCGGCAGAGGCUCAGUCAAUGACUGCGUUCACAUAAUGCCCCCCGCUAGCUUGGUGGGAACAGUGGCACCGCAAUAUUUGGCAGAACGCGACUUGUGACAGGAGGGGUGGAUUUACGUUUCGAUCCGCCGCUGUCCCACAGAAACGAUUUUCUCACGCGGAAGAAACUUUGUGCGCUCAUCUGGAGCGCCUGUGCUGUGAGCCGGCGAUGCAUUCCUAACGUAGACGAUGCAUAAACCACCACGAAGAAGGAAAACAAGAGGAUGACAAGGAACACAUCAUCAGCUCUAACGGAGCGUGUCUUCAUCGUAAAACGUUACGCUGAAUAUUUAGCGCAUUUUGCACAGUAGACAAAACGAUGGAUGCCACGAACUUUCGCAAAGCACUUUUUCAAACGAGAGACACCAUGGGGCUCUGCCUGCUGCUCCUGCUUGCCGCGGCAACGACGGGAGCGCAGCGCAAGGAGGCGGAGAUGUUCCCGGGCAGCGAGGACGACAUGGAGUUCAUCCACGUGCCGCGGUACACCCGCUCGACUGACACACAGGGCAAGUGCUCGUACACGUUCAUCGUGCCCCAGCAGAAGGUCACGGGGCCCAUCUGCCUCAACUCGCAGGGCGCGGCCAAGGAGGAGGUCGCGGGCAGCGGCGUCACCAAGCGGGACGUGGAGGAGAUCAGGGACGACCUGCUCAAGCACAAGCGGCAGAUCGAGGGGCUGCAGCACAUGGUGGAGGUGGACGGCGGGAUCGUCAACGAGGUGAAGCUCCUACGCAAGGAGAGCCGCAACAUGAACUCGCGCGUGACGCAGCUUUACCUGCAGCUGCUGCACGAGAUCAUUCGCAAGAGGGACAAUUCGCUGGAGAUCUCCCAGCUGGAGAACAAGAUCCUCAACCAAACGGCCGAUAUGCUCAAGCUCGCCAGCAAGUACAAGGACCUUGAGCAGAAGUACCACACUCUCAAGGCCGCCGUCAACAACCAGUCGACAAUCAUCGCGUGGCUGGAGGAGCAAUGUCGGAAGACAUACAACCCUCAGCCGCCGCGGUUACACGACCGAAACACGCUCAACAUCCCUCCGCAGCAGGCCCCGAACAGUCAUCGCUACUCGCUGAAUCAGCUGUUCAUCAACGAGAUCCAAAGAGACCAAACUCUGCUGCAGACAGUGGCCAGCAGCACCACCACCACCACAGCCAGCACCACCACAACCACCACCGUGCCAACGACGCUGCCAACCACGACUCCGCCCGCUCCCACCAAGGCUGCAGGGCCCUGGCGGGACUGCCAACAUGCUUGGGACGAGGGCCACCAGACCAGCGGCAUCUACCUCAUCCGGCCCGAGGGAACGAGCCGCCUCAUGCAGGCGUGGUGCGAGCAAUUCCACGACCCGGGCGGCUGGCUCAUCGUCCAGAGGCGCAAGGACGGCUCGGUUAACUUCUUCCGCAACUGGGAAAACUACAAGCUUGGCUUCGGCAACAUCGACAGCGAGUACUGGCUGGGCCUGGAGAACCUCUACUGGCUGACGAACCAGACCAACUACAAGCUGCUGGUGCUCAUGGAGGACUGGCAGGGCCGCAAGGUGUUUGCGGAGUACGCCAGCUUCCGUGUGGAGAACGAGAGUGACCAUUACCGCCUGCGGCUGGGCCGCUUCAACGGGAACGCCGGCGACUCGCUCAUCUGGCACAACAACCGGCAGUUCACCACGCUGGACCGCGACCGCGACUCUUACUCAGGCAACUGCGCUCACUUCCAGAAGGGCGGCUGGUGGUACAACGCCUGUGCGCACUCCAACCUCAACGGCGUGUGGUACCGCGGCGGCCACUACCGCAGUAAGUACCAGGACGGCGUCUACUGGGCCGAGUUCCGCGGAGGCUCGUACUCCCUCAAGAAGGUCCUCAUGAUGAUCAGGCCCAACCCUUAGGGGUGCCGCCCUUCGGCACGCGAGGCUGGACCGCCUCCCCCACCUCAGCAUGGUUGCGAUCCGAGGACGGACGCGUAACUAAACUGUGUGCGUCGCCGCGUCGAAACUGCACGUGCGCGACGCGAGCACGCACUCCUUUAUCAUUCGUUCUCCCCACCACCUCGCAAAACUCUCAGAUGUAAAAUUGCAACGAGUGGGAUUUUUUGUUGUCCUCUCCCCCCCACUGCCGGCCCCGCCCCUGCACGUCCGAUUAGCACGGUUGGCUCCGUUCGGUGCGAAAGAAGUUCAACACACAUACGUGCAUACAGUCACAAAAAAAUAUUGGGCAAAGGUGCGCUCAUUCCUUGCUGCGCACGUGCACACGAGAGGUAAAUAAUCGGUAAAAAUCGCAAUCGAAUUACAUUUUUUUUUUAUCCGCGCAUUCUUCAAUAUUUGUAAAUGCAGCGGAGUAGUGAUGAAAUACAAAUAGACGCACAUGCCAUAUCAAUGACAAAGAUAAGAUAUUGUGAGUUACAGAAUGGGUACUAAUAAAGAAAGGGAAUACAUGCCUGAGUUUACAAUGAGCAAAUAUCAUUAUUUCAUGUCUUCCCAUGAGUAGUUAUAUAUUUUAUAGGACUAAUAUGUAAAUGUAAAGGGAGGAAUGAGCAGACACUAAAAAAAAACCUAACAAAUUCAAUUCACUUUAACUCCUAGAAAAUUAAAUGGCAAUCAGAUAAUAUGAGGAAAGGUUCUUUAAUUGAACACCGGAAUGUCUUGUAAGUGAUACAGGGUACAAACCAAACCAGUAUUUUCAGUGGGGAAUACAGGACCUAAGACAUGGAGAUAUUUUAAUCACAAAGGACUGGCCACAAUCUGAAUAUUACAGAUGUGUAGAGGACGAAGGCAAAGGUUAUGAAUGUGUGUGGGUGUGAGAGACUGUGUGCACAAUGGUUAAUGAUGUUGAUGUGGAUGAAUUGAAUUUAAAACAUGCAAACAACAUUACUUUUCCUAUUGUGCCUUGAAGACAAAAAAGGGUUAAAAUGCUAUAAAUCUCAAUUGUAAACAUUAAAGAGCUUGCAGCUAUGACAUAGAGGAAUGUGUAAACAUGUGAUUCCGCCAUGCAAUAAAUAAUCUUUAACUUUAAAAAAAGAUAUUAACCGAACUUUGUUUUGUUAAUUGCAGGCAAUUGUUUAUAAAAAAAUAUUUUAUUAUUGGUUGUAUUGAGUAUUGGUUGUACAGCCCAGUGGAGUACUAUGCUUAGAAUAUAACUUAACAUUUCUUUAUUGUUACGUUUAAUCUUUUGCUCUAACAAAAUUAGAUUUCAAUAUCAAUAACCAUUUCGAUAUUUUAUUUAUCAGCAUAUCAACUGCCUUGCUUUUGUUCGCAAAGAUACUAUUGUAAUGAUGAGUGUAUACUGACAAUUCACGUUACAUUUCCAAAGGAACUUCAACUAGAGGAUUGCAGACUCUGGCUGUGAUUUUAAAUUGAAACGUUCCGACUCACUUACGUUGCUAUAAAUAUGAUGAAUAAAAUUGUAGGUGAGCUGGUAUUACUUUCAAUGUGUCAGAUGGAUGUAAACAUUUAAAUACUAUGGGUUGCUAUGGCACUGAAUGUCGUAGGAGUGUAAAGUUACAUCUUAAGCCAUCAUUGCCAUUGUACUGUAUGACACAGGGUUUCUUUCAAUAAACAAUUUCCAAUGCCAUCGACAAUAUCAUCUUGCAAGCCACAUGCUGCCUUUACAGGAGAACGCAUCUCAUUAUUAAACACAUUGCUUGGUUAUGCUGCUGUUGCAUUGGCAGUGGUGCAAAAGCACAAUUGAUAAUCAUUUUAAAAACUCACAUUUGUCAAUAAACACUGCAAAAAAAUAUAUACAAUAGACAACAAUUUGGUGGUGA